AUGACUAAAGAAACUUGGAUAGACCUUGAAAAAGGCAAAGGCAAGACCAGCGCAAAGAAGUUAAACACGCUCAACAGAGUGCUCAUGUACGUUGUGGUGGGGCUUUGUUGUGUGACAUUUAUAGCAACAGUUCGCAAAUACUCGGAUAAGUCUCACUGUUUGCACGGGGCCGAGGUGUUUGGCCAACCUGAACAGUUCAUCGUGGACAAGAACCUCAAAGCGCAAAACUAUCAUAGACGUCCAUUGUACGAGGAGCAGCCAGAGUCUGUGGAUUCGUCACACCGGGCCUCGCAAAAGAGCCCGGCUAUUUUGCAGAAAGAAGUGGAGGAGAUUUCCCUGGUUUCCCGACUAGUGCUCAUCGUGGACUCGUUCAGCAAGAAGUACCAGGACUGGGCCGACGACUUGUGGGGGGACCCGAUUUUAAUGGAUGUCAACAAACAUCCGUACAAUGAUAAUCUCAAAGACUUUAUUAUUGAUUACUUCAAAGUCGACAAGUUCCCGAUCCUACUGCUCAACGGCCGGCCCUUGGUCAGUGGGGACGAGUUGUCCGAGUCCAAGUUCCCCCGCAUCAACAGACUCAUCAAGGAAAAUCUUGACUAA